ACCAUCGGCGCUGUGCGACCGUAAAGUCACUUACAAACGCAGAUUUGCCCUCCCUGUAAGAGUUGUUUAAAAUCCUGCUUCAUAUUUUGUGUUUAAAUACUCAAUAAAGAAAGAAGCCGAAGAAAAAAGCAGCAGAUAGGAAAAGCAGUCAGGUUUCGAGCAUUCGGGGUCCGAAAUUACCAAGAAGGAAAGCUCAAAAGAUAAUUCUAGUAGUUAAGCAGUAGACGGACAAACAAAACCAAGUCUGGUGGGGACAGAAGGGGAAAACUUGCAGACCGACAACCGUUGGAGAGAACGGAGCUUCUUUUAUUUAUUUUCUCCAUACCUAGACCAUACCCAACUUAAUUAAGAUGCAGCCCAACAGCAUAAUUUCAGUAGCAGUUGUGAUGACAUUAGCAACAUUACUCACACAAGCAGUUUGCAGUCUACAGUUUGAAACAACACAAGAUAGAGUGCCAGCAAAAAGACUGUUUUGGGUAGACAAGAAAGACCAUCCCGUAGAUACAGACUUUUUCACAGUAAGGGCCAACGAUGCCGAAGAGAUUCUUGAUUGCUUUGUGGAAGUGUGCAUAGCGGAUUUCAUCAACUGUGCAAAGAAGUGCUUGUUCUAUGAAAACGGAAGUUCAUGCUUGCCAUCAUGUCGUCAUACCAGAUCAAUCUGUAGUGUCCAAUGCUUUAAGAGAUAUGACGUAGAAGUCAGUGAUAUCCCAUCAGUCCACUGAGAAAAAAAUAAAACAAUCCCUUGAGAAAAAAUAAAAUGAAAAUUUGCAACCGACCCAUCUUUAAUGAAACGAAUAAAAGUUGAUUUAUUUUGUUUUGAAAGAUAGUAUGCGUAGUUUCCAUAAAGAGAACGUAUCUUGACCCCGACAGUAAUAACCAUGAUAUAAGAUAUAACUCAAAGUAAAAAAAAAAACACGUUUUUUUUUUUAAAAUCAAAUCCACGUUAAUUAAUAGUGUAACUUCUCCAUUCUUCCUUUCUAAGAAUGUGGAGAAAAGUUUUUUUUCUUUCUUUUACUUCUGUGUAAAUCAAUUCCCCUAUUUAAACAGCAGUAUGCCGGUUUCUCUUUGCAAUUUGUAAGUUCCUGGAGGGAACAAAAAAAUUUGAACAAAAAUUACUAUAUACCUAGAAGAUACAUAGGAGAUGUAAUUUUAGAUUCUUCAGCAAAUUUUAUUAAAUUAUGAUCUUUGAACAUGUUGAAUUCCGAAUUUUAUUCUCUGUUUUAAUAACAAAAAUUAUCUGGUAAAAUAUUACGUUUCCAAAAAGUGUGAAAUAUUUUAGCAUCGAUCAUAAAAAUUCAAAGAUUCUCCGUCCAAACCGGUAAUUUAUUUCAAUUCUUAAGACAUAUUAUUUGCGUAGCUACGGGUACGAUUUUUUACAUCCCUAGUAAAGCAAAAUUAUAAGAAAGUUUUGAUUACAGAAAAAAGUUGAUUCAUUUGUUAUCAGUAAACAUUGUACCAGAUCCUUGCCGAUGAAAUACAAAAAACAGUUAAAAUAGAUCUCAAAUAAGGAAUGGUACAAUCCCCCAAUUCAAAGUACUUUGGCAAUAUUAAACGCUUUAAUCCGAUUUUUUUAUUUUAAUCCGUCAAAGUAAAAUGUGUAAAUAUAUUAUAUUGAUAAUUUUACAAUGAGAUACAUGAACGAUUGUAUAUUUAGAUUUGGAUUAUUUGAGCUGUAGUUAUCGUUGAAAUAGAUUUGAGAAAGGCCUGAAAACUUAUUUUUUCUGAUAUUAAUUAUUCGUUUAUGUUUUUCUUCCCAUCAUAUC